AACAAACCAUCCUGCUGGAUACGGAGGACACAUCGACGGUGGGGCCUCCGAGUAUUACCUGCCUCCAAACAUUAGACCUAAUGGAGCCCCAGCGCUGGAGAGCCCUAGAAUUGAGAUCACUUCUUACAUGGGACUCCAUCAUAACAACAACCAGUUUUUCCACGACGAGGUUGAGGAGGCCAUCCCGAACACCAAGCGGUCGCCUUCCACUGCCACUUUGAACUUACCCAACAUCGAGGCGUACAGAGACCCGUCCUGCCUGAGCCCGGCGAGUAGCUUGUCUUCCAGAAGCUGCAACUCCGAAGCGUCUUCCUACGAGUCCAACUACUCCUAUCCGUACACUUCACCCCAGACCUCUCCCUGGCAGUCCCCGUGCGUCUCGCCGAAGACCACCGACACCGAGGAAGGCUACCAGCGCAGCAUGGUGGCCUGCACUUUGCUCAACUCCCCGAGGCACUCUCCGUCCACCUCUCCCAGGACGAGCAUCACGGAGGAGAACUGGCUGGGGGCUCGCAACUCCAGGCCUCCAUCCCCCUGCAACAAGAGAAAGUACAGCCUCAACGGCCGGCAGACCUCCUACUCCCCACACCAUUCCCCCACCCCUUCCCCACAAAACUCGCCCCGGGUGAGCGUCACGGAUGAGACCUGGCUGGGGAACACCAACCAGUACACCAGCUCGGCCAUCGUCGCUGCCAUCAACGCCCUCACCACCGACAGCACGCUGGAUAUGAACGAUGGGAUCCCCAUCAAGUCGAGGAAGACGGCCAUUGACCACACGCCGUCCAUGACCCUCAAAACCGAGCCGGCUGGUGAGGACCACGGGACCAUAUCGCCGACUGCCGAUCUCUCGCCAGAAGACUUCUCCGGCUUCCAGCACAUCAGGAAAGGGAACUUCUGCGAGCAGUAUCUGUCCGUGCCACAGCAUCCCUAUCAGUGGGCCAAACCAAAGUCUCUGUCUCCGACAUCCUACAUGAGCCCAUCCCUGCCCGCCCUGGACUGGCAGCUGCCAUCUCACUCAGGACCUUACGAACUGCGUAUCGAGGUGCAGCCGAAAUCCCACCACCGAGCUCAUUACGAGACAGAAGGCAGUCGAGGGGCUGUGAAGGCAUCUGCAGGGGGCCACCCUAUCGUGCAGCUACAUGGUUACUUAGAAAGCGAGCCGCUCACGCUACAGCUGUUCAUUGGGACUGCAGACGACCGCCUGCUGCGACCCCAUGCUUUCUACCAGGUCCACCGAAUCACCGGGAAGACCGUUUCCACCACCAGCCACGAAACAAUACUUUCCAACACCAAAGUCCUGGAAAUCCCACUUCUUCCAGAGAACAACAUGAGAGCAAUCAUCGACUGUGCUGGGAUAUUAAAGCUCCGAAACUCGGACAUCGAGCUGCGCAAGGGAGAGACGGACAUCGGUCGGAAGAACACACGCGUGCGGCUGGUCUUCAGGGUCCACAUCCCCCAGGCCAACGGCAGGACCCUCUCCUUGCAAGUCGCCUCCAACCCCAUCGAGUGCUCUCAACGAUCUGCCCAAGAACUGCCUCUGGUGGAGAAGCAAAGUACUGACAGCUUUCCUGUUAUUGGAGGGAAAAAAAUGAUACUGACUGGCCAUAACUUUCUGCAAGACUCCAAAGUCAUCUUUGUGGAGAAAGCGCCAGAUGGUCACCAUGUGUGGGAAAUGGAAGCCAAAACCGACAAAGAAAUGUGCAAGCCAAAUUCGUUGGUGGUUGAGAUACCACCUUUCCGCAAUCAGAGAAUUACCAGCCCCGUUCAGGUCAACUUCUAUGUCUGCAAUGGAAAGAGAAAGAGAAGCCAGUACCAGCUUUUCACCUAUCUUCCUGCUAAUGUUCCAAUUAUAAAAACAGAACCCACAGAUGACUAUGAGCCUGCUCAAACCUGUGGACCAAUGAACCAAGGCUUAAGCCCUCUCUCUAAACCAUACUACAGCCAGCAGAUCAUGAUGCCCCCUGAUCCCGGUUCGUGCCUCGUGGCUGGCUUUGCCUCCUGUCAGCAGAGGAACGCCGUGAUGUCACCUUCUCCCAACGCAAGCCCCAAGCUGCAUGACCUUUCGUCCUCUCCUUACAAGUGCAUCCCCAACCCGGGCCACAGUCACCUCGGACUUCAGCAGCCCGCUGGAGGUGUCCCCACCAUACAGGAAGUGCCAAGGUCUAUAGUUGUGCACCCAAGCUCCCCCGAGCAAUCAUCUCACAUCAUGCUGCAGCCGCAGUCCUGCAGUCCAACUCACUCAUCCAUAAUGGGUCAACAGCAGCAGCAGCUACCGAAGGUUCACAGAAAUGAGUCUCCAACAACCCAACCACUGUCAUUGCCAGAGUUGCAUGAGGAAAGUAAUCAUAAUUUGGCCCCUAUUCCUGUAACGAUCAAGCGAGAACCUGAGGAAUUGGACCAGAUGUACCUGGAUGAUGUAAAUGAAAUUAUAAGGAAUGACCUUUCCAGUACCAAUGUGCAUUCGUAGCUUUCAAUACAGCAGGAAAAUCCACACACACACUUUUGAACUUGGCGCGUCAGCUCAAGUAGAGAGAUUCCGACUAAACCGAAGAAGACGUUGCCUGGUACCACCCUGAUCUUCCACCUCACUGAAUGUCAGGAACUGAAGAUUUACCUCUUGCUUACAAAGAAGUAGCCCCUCGACUUCCAACUGAUGAAACAGCUUCUUUAAGGGAAAAUCAUCUCAAAAGGAAGAGGAGGGAGCACGCUCCGAGACGGCGCAUUUCACGGGACAAAACUAGGAAACUCAGCGGAACCUGAGUGCUUCUUCCCAGUGCUGAUCUUUUUUUGGCAUGGCACCGCUGGAAUACAGCCCUGGAAGUGCCUUAUUUUACCAGGUUGUGGCAUCAGGGCAUUUUUAAUAAGCUUUGGAUUUGCUACCAUUAAAAAGUGUUGGUAGGUGCAGCAGCUAUAGAGCUUGCGUUCUGGAGAGCGAUAUUGGAAAAAAGCGUAGGACUCUGCAGCAAAGCAGGGAGAGGGAUCCCUGCUCCAGUAGGAUACAUUUAUGAAUUCCAGAAUUUCUUCAGCUUUCCCUCUGCUGUAAUGUACAGCCUAUUGCCUUACGCUCAGUGCAUUUCAAAAGCCUCCUUGAUUUGUCAUCAUCUCAGCUUUCUUUUGCGUAUUGUCUUUAUUAUGUGCUAAUGAAUCAUAGGGUUGUUAGUAGUAGCAUGUUAAGAUUUUGAUUUUAAUCUGGCUUCAGUCAUAGCACAAGUGAGUCGAAUAGCACAAAAUAAAAAAAGGUUGAUGGACAAAAAAUUGAAAUCUAUCUUUUACAUGAUAGAUGAAUGUGUAUGCAUGUACAUACAUACUAGUAUAUAUGCAUAUAUUUAUAUAUGACAAAUAAUAUAGAUGAUUGCCUGGUGAGGGCACUGAAUUUAGCAAUAAUUUCAAUUUCUGAGAAUGCAUUUCAGAUCCACAUCAGAUAUUUCAGCUACUUCUUUUGAGGGUUGGUCGCACCUAAAGCAGGUAUGCAUUUUCUUUCCUCAUGCAGUUAAGCAAGCACUUUAGAUAGGCAAGAAGGAUGCAUACAAGAUACAUGUUAUUUACCAAAUGACAAAAAUAUGAGUUAUAGUGACUGUAAAUACCAUUAUGGAAGAGUGUAAAAUAUUUGUUCAGUUAUAAUGUUAUUAUUCCGCAGAAGCCUUAUAACUCUCUGCUACAUGUAUGAAAAAGAAUAUUACCAAAAAACCACAAAGGUUUAAUAUGCAGCGCUGUAUAGUGUGUUUUCAGAUUAGCUAAUGUUUCUGGAGCUACAGGUAGGCAUGUAGUGUAGCCUUUAACAUUGUAUUUUUUACAAUCAACUGCUUAUUAUAUAACUAAGCAACAACCUAUUAUUUCAUAUAACCAAAAAAAUAAAAUAAAAUAAAAACAAUAAAAUAAAAUAGCAUGACUUAAAUUAAAAAUGUUUAACAUUAAUAUUGUGCCUUAGGAAUCUGCGCCCCCUUCUGGAAAUACACCUGAACUACACCUCCCUGCUGGGGUGGCUCCUUAACCCCAGUGCAAUGAAGAUUGAACAGGUUUCACGAAAAGGUGAAACCCUCCUAAGCGUUUUAAAACAUUAUUCUGUAUAAUUAUGUCUUACUUUCUUUAGGGGAAAAAUAAAAAAAAAAAAAAGAAAGCCAUAUUUGUCACAUUUGCACAUUACUGUGAAGACAUGAGAAUAUAAUAUGGCUAUAUGUACAUAAUAAUGCUGUUAUUGGUCCUUUAUAAUAGUCUGUUAUUCCUCACCUGUUUAAUCCCAGUUAUUUACCCUGUAUUUAGCAUUGUAGACGUUGCAUGAAACAUUUCUUAUAGACUGCCAUAUGAAAAGUUAAAAAGCCUGACAGAUGUCAGCUUGACUUGUAGCUAGAAAAAUAGAUCCAAUAAAGCAAAAUGUUUUGCUGGAA